AUGGCGAGCGAUACCAUCGCGGAGGAGCCAACGAAAACUCCUCAAGUCAAUGUCGGCCCUACGGCGAACGACCCUAAAGCGUACUCGAGCGAUCAGGACGAAGCAGGGAAGUUUUUACAACACUACGAUGUGGCUUCGAUCACGGCUUCAGCAACAGACAGUGACUACAGUGAUAUCGUCCGCAAGCUGGACAGACUCAUUCUACCGCUCCUUUUCGGAACCUACGCGCUUCAAUGUAUCGACAAAAGUUGUCUUGGAUAUGCCUCGGUCUUCACACUGAGUAAAGACCUGGGCCUCGUUGGCAAGCAAUAUUCGUGGCUAUCCUCGCUCUUUUACUUCGGGUACCUUGUCUUCGAGUAUCCGACCACAUUAUUAUCUCAGAAAUUCCCAAUCGGUCGCUUCAUUGGCGUUGCCAUCGUGCUCUGGGGUGGAAUUCUCAUUGCAACAGCUGGAGCUCAAAAUUUUGCUGGCAUGGCUGUUCUACGAUUCAUUUUGGGUGGUUUCGAAUCGCUGAUUACCCCAACCUUCGUUCUCAUCAAUGGCAUGUAUUACACGAGGAAGGAGCAAGUCCUGAGGACCGGUGCCUGGGCCUGUGCGAACGGAUUCGGAUCAUCGCCUAUGACCGCCAGGUUCUUGACUGAAAAGCAAAGGGUUCUCGCCGUUCACCGAAUUCGAAGCAACAAGACCGGAAUUUUGAACCGACAAUUCAAAUGGAACCAAGUUCAGGAAGCCCUCAACCCAUUCAGAGACCCCCAAGGAUUACUUUUGUUCUUGACUAUUUACUGUAAUGAAGUUUUAAACGGCGGAUUUGGAGCGUUCGGCACUCUGACGAUCCAGAGCUUUGGUUUCGACUCUCUUCAGUCGACUCUCAUCUACAUUCCGCAGGGAUUCAUUAACAUGGUGUGCAUUCUUUUUGGGGGUUGGCUUGCGCAAAAGCUACCGAAUGCUCGCAUCUAUGUAUGCAUUGGCAUGUUGGUUCCUACCUUCAUUGGACUUCUCUUGCAGAUUGUACUCCCGCGGUGGAAUGUAGCUGGACUGCUUGUCGGAGUAUAUCUAUUUCCGCCCUUUGCUACCUGCCUCUUCAUUGUACUUUCUCUCCCCGGAGUAAAUAGCUCAGGAUACACAAAGCGUAUCACGCUGUCCUCCUAUGCCUUCUUUGGAUAUGCGUUGGGCAACAUCACCGGCCCCUUCACGGUUAAGCCAGGCGAGACACCAGCCUAUCGAUCAGUUUUCAUCGCAGACAUCGUAUGCAUUGGGCUGCAAGGCAAGUAA